AUGAAGUUGAAGUUCGUUUUAAAUUCAAAACAACAAUGGGAGUUGAAGCAACAAACAAGGAACUGGUUGGAGCUCCCAUAUGAUGUAAUGGCCAACAUCCUAUACAGAGUUGGUGUUCAUGACAUUCUUCUGAAUGCCCAGAAAGUUUGCACUACUUGGCGUAAUAUCUGCAAGGACACUGCCAUGUGGAGGGUCAUUAAUAUGUACAAUGUUUUUAAUCAUAAAAAUGGAAGGCCCCUGAUGCAGAAGAUGUGUAAACAUGCCGUAAAUAGAAGCCAAGGCCAGUUGGUUGAUAUCACCAUUGACGAUUUUGCUAAUCCUGAGCUUCUUCGAUAUAUUUCUGAUAGAUCAAGUCAGCUUAGAAGUCUUGAAUUCGUAUAUUGUUAUGGUGAAAUUUAUGAAAGCUGGGCCGGAUCUUUGAGGAAAUUUCCAUUAUUGGAGGAACUUAGUAUCUACCUAACAGACAUUUCAACAGGAGUUAUUGUUGCUGCUGGUCGUUUUUGCCCAAUGCUAACAACACUGAAAAUAAAUGAUGAAAUGGUAGCUCCUUGUGGUAAUGUGAUAGCUGUUGCUAUUGGAGAAAACUUACCUAAGUUAAAGCACCUUGAACUCAUUGGAAGCUUCAUGACAAAUAUCGGGUUGCAAGCCAUUCUGGAUGGGUGUUGUCACCUUGAAUUACUCGACUUGCGUCAGUGCGUGUACAUUGAUCCCGAUGAAGAUCUUGUGAAAAAAUGUUUAGAAAAGAUUAAAUGUGUAAAACUUCCCUAUGAUUCCCUUGAAGGAUGUCGAUAUGUUUUUGUUGAUGAACCCAUAGCCGGGUCUGCCAUCGUUUAG